UUCUCGAAUAUAUAUCUACAGAUGAAAAUAUUCGAUAAUUUCCAGGAAAUUAUCGUCAGCGUCGGUAUAAAUUUUCUUACUGAUUAUCCCUAGAUUUUUCUAGUUCUUUCGCGUUUCCCCGAGGACAAAGGAUUUCCGUUGGAAGGGAAAUUAACGUCCCCCUUGACAGGCUUGACGCACACAACACGAAACAACGUAAUGCAUGUUCGAGCUUGUGUCAUCCGUUGUGAACGGUGGGUGAUUGUGUCGCUACGAAGUAACGGUGUUACCGUUUCCAAGGUCUUGAACAAAAUAUCGCAGUUAUGGGGCUAUUAAUUUCGCGGAAAUAUUCAACGCACCGUAAAAAUCAAGAGGCGGUAAAUACGAAUGAGCUCUGACGCUUCGAAUAAUCCAAUUUGCGGUCGUUCGACCAAAAACUAUGAAUUCCCUUUGUAACAUUGUGUUUGUUCCUUCCCGAGGUGCACACGCGUCGGUAGAACAACGUGCAGGUUGAUUUCCUAGGAAAGGGGAGCGAUACGAGACAACUCUAGAAGAAUAAUCUUUCCCAAGAAGAAUUAAGAAUCAAGUUGUAUUGUAAAUUCGUAUGCCGUAGUAGAAGUUAACAGAAGGAACAGAAUCUAAAGGGAAGGAAGGGUAGGAUAGGGAAAAGAAGGGAAGGGAAACAGAUUAAAUCUCCUGUCCGAUUGAACAGUAUAUAUCGAUCUGAAUUUGUGAAAACGAGAAUCUUGAUUGCCACACGAUGGAUUCGACGAGACAGGAAGACAGAUCGCUCGGUGGUGGAAUAUCUCUGCCGCAAUGGAUGAAGGGAAAGAUCGAUAAUAGAUUCGAUUUCGAUGAGAGCACGUUCAGCCCGCCAUCUCACGACGACAACUUCUUUUACAUACGGUAUCCAAAGGCACAGAACGAACUGUCAGUUUCGCAAGAAUUUCGGCCGAUCGACAAGGUGUUCGGCGAACAGAACAUUGACACGGCGAGCAAUGUGAAAGUGGAGCAGCAACUGGUCCCCGAGAGCAAGCCGAGGAGCAGUCAGGAGAUCGACUUCAGCAAGCAUCCGUUGCCGUGUCAACCGUUCGUGCCGACUUCCGCGGCUGGCAAAGGGAACGAGGUCAAGCAGACUUCCAAGACAUUGCCGAUCGGAAACGCGAAGGCGAAGUCCCAGGGCAUAGACGAUGGAUUUCACAGCGAGCCAGCACUUUGCGGGAAGUCGAUCGUCCUCGUAGCCAAUCAGAUAAUGUCCAACAAGUUCCACAAGACGUUCGCGGCUGAGCAAGCCGAGAGUCAGCCGAAGAAGGGCAGCAAGUCGCUGCCGGCCACGCCGUUGACUUCGCCCGCCGGGAGCCCCGACAGUUCGCCGAAGGCGCGCCGACGCACGCCGUCGAAUCGGUACUUCACAGGCCCCUUCCUCCUCGACCGGGAGAAGUACCAGGGCGGUUGGAUCUUGGCGAGCAUACUGGGACAGUCCAGGGAGAUCGUCACCGCGAAGAUCGACGAGGAGGACGAGUCCAACGUCGACGCCGCGUCCUCGCCGGCGCAGCCGCCGCCGUCCAGGCUCCUGAACAGGAAGAAGUCCAUAUCCUCUCAGAAUCUGACAUACGUAGGGACGGACGAGAAGUCUACCGCUGAGAAGUCAGUCUACUCGAACGUAUUCCAAGCGAAGCCGUCGGAACUAAGGGAAAUGAACUUCUGGUCUCCGACGUCUAUGUAAAUUAUUGUACCCUGUAAUUCGAAUAAGUCAAAGAUUCGUCCGCGUGUUCAUCGGCUAUUGAACACCGGACACCGGACAUCGGACGCAGCUCAUCGACGUCUCUGUUAUUUCUCUUCUUCUUGGUUUUAUUCAAGCUUUUGUUCGUUGAACAAACGGGUCUACAGAUCCGUUCUAUAUUUUCCAAUUGUCCCGUGUACGACUCGCCUCCAGAGGCAAGUGUACACUUCCGUUUACCGUAGUUGAUAGCAAUAAUGUAUCUCUUUCGUGCUUUUAGUUGCGUCGUUACUCGAUAGACAUUCGGGAACGUUCCAGCACUGCGAACGGGCAAGAAUGAACGGUUGCGAGCCGAGAGCGCAGAUCUCUGGAGAAAGGAAGCGCCCGCUUCCGACUCGCGCUAGGAAAACGCAUUAAUCUCCCUUCCCCUCGUCUCUAACCUCUGUCUGAUUGUUUGAUUUUAAUAUUUAAUCUUAGAGAUAAGAUGGAAGGAAAGGAAAAACACUGUAUAUUGUACGUCGCGUGAAUCCGUCUGCAUUACUCGUUGCGUUCACGCGGCGCGAGAGGACAUUCUACGAAUCGAUGUAACCGCGGAUCUCUUUGAUGUUUUACCGUUCGAACGAGAAGUUUCAAUCGAUGAAAUUCUUAGGUACUUGAAUGUCGCCGCGCAGCGAGUCGCGCGAAUAGAGCGCUCGUGGAACGUAGGUACCGUCUACCGGACAGGCGUCAACGUGCGUGGGUAGCAGUUACUUAUGCCAACGAGGGAGAACUGAGAAUAAUUGUAGACCAAUUAUGGAAAUUGUACGCUACGAUAAAGCCUACUUACAGAUUCUAUCGCGUUUGCUCACUACAUUCAGGCUAUAGUUUUGUAUGUCGGCGUAGACGAAUUCUAUGAAUUAUUUCCCCGCGGAGAACCAUUGAACGAAAACGGUCCGGAUCCCAGGAACCCAUGAUUUCUGCAUUGUAUUAUAUUUUCCAAAGAGAUGAUAAUAAAAUCAAACGAGUUCCCCCUAC